UGCCGGUGGUCAGCUGGGUGCGCGCGCCGCGGUCGAUAGGGCCCGGCGCGCGGGGCGCAUGCGCGGGCGUAUCGAGCCCGCAAACGGGCCGCCGACACCGCGCGCCGCACACGCGAUGCAUGCGGGCACCUAGCGGACAGACGUGCGCGGGCCUGAUGGGCACCGUGCUGAGCUUCAGCCCGCGAGAGCGGCGACCGCCCGCCGCCGCCCCGCCGCCGGACCGCGCCGCACUCGCCUACUCCUACGAGCGCCUCAACAACGCCAAGAACAGAGAGAACCGCGACCUGACCCGCGACGAAAGACGCGCCACCCUAGACGAUGCCGCCAAAAUCAUCUCCGAGAAAACGGCCCUCGAGAAGAACCUCAAGAAGCACUCGCUGUUCAUCAAUGCGCUGUCGUGGAAGAGGUUCUCGACGGCCAACAACAACAAGAAGAAGCUCGAAUGCAAGAGCAAAAGCGUGACGACGUUCAGAGCGCCGCUCACGGACAAUGCCCCGCUCGAUAGGAACAAAAAUGUUAGCGUGGGGGGAGCGAUAUACGCUCGAGCCCCGGUCGCGCCGCUGCCUCCGCCUACGGAGGUGGCCAGGACGAACGCGCUCAACAAUAAUGUGUGUUACACGGAGAAGUUGCCGACGACAGCGGUGGGGACGGCUCCGAUCGUAGCGCCUAGGAAGACUGUGAUCCAGGCGUCCACGUCAGAGCUGCUGAAAUGCUUGGGCAUGUUCCUGCACUCGCGCUGCCACCGCUUGCGCGACUUCCAAGCUGGCGACGCGGUCAUGUGGCUGCGGACGGUGGACAGGUCGCUGCUACUACAGGGAUGGCAGGACGUGGCGUUCAUCAAUCCAGCGAACGUUGUCUUCGUGUACAUGCUGGUCAGAGAGCUGGUGGACGGCGAUAGGAUAGGACGGCCGCAGGAGUUGCAAGCUGUCGUCCUCACGUGUCUCUACCUCUCGUACUCCUACAUGGGCAACGAGAUCUCCUACCCCCUCAAGCCCUUCUUAGUAGAAGACUCCAAAGACAAAUUCUGGGACCGAUGCCUUUUAAUCGUCGAUAGACUGUCCUUUAACAUGUUAAGAAUUAAUUCCGAGCCUGGUUUCUUCACGGAGGUGUUCACUGAGCUGAAGGGGUGCGGGGCGAUCGAAAGCCCUCCCCCCGCGCCGCCGCACCCCGCGCCGGCCCCCCCGCACGCCCUGAGUGCCGCCUGACACACGGAGGUCGCGGUGCUGCGGCUAGCCUUGACAGACCGCCCCAGCCGUGUGUGAUGUCGGCUUCUGACUGCCGAAAGUCUUGGUCGGUCGUCUAUUGGUUAUGAGUGGUCUUAUAAUCGUGUUACCAAUAUUUAGUUCGAAUGAUGAUUGUUUGGUGGUUAAUCUUCUUUUCAAAUUUAUUCGUGUCACAAUUGAAAAAGUUGUAGAUAAAUAAUGAUGUAACUACCUAUCUGUUUACAUCCCAUGUAACUAGAUAAUAUAGAUUGACGAUUGUAGGAUCAUUGGCGUAUUUUGUGUUGUAAAUCUAAUUACUUACCUUGUCUGAAUCGAAAGGCCUACCUACUAGUAGUUUUAUGAAGAUUUGGAAAAGGUAUGAAAAAACGUAUACAAUA